UCAUUUCUAAUGGAAAGACAGAUGAUAUUAAUCAGACUCUCCAGAAGAAAACGUCAUUUUCACGUCACUGAGUCUGAAGGCUAAAGAGGACGUCAUGCUGCUGUGAGCCGCCUCGGAUCCUUCCAGAAAUCCGGCCCGAGGGUCAUGCAGAUGGAUCCUGGGACUCUUUUCACCCUCCUGAUGGUCCUGUUAGGCGUCAGGGCGAGCGAGAACGGCCGCUCGGAGCACACACACCAGGUGAGCACGUCUCAGUGCGGCGAGUACAGUAACCAGGUGAUGAAGGACGGCACGUGCAAACUGGUGGCCACGCUGCCACAGCUGGACGACCAUCGCUGCCCCGACAUGUUCCGCUGCACGGAUGAGGUUUCCUACUGGCUUCACGAGAAUGAGGAGCGCAAGCAGCAGAUCCUGGCGCUGCACGAGACCAUCUCCGAGCUGCAGGAGGAGCUGCGUAACCAUAGACACCGAGUUAAAGUCCUCGAGCUGCAGAGUGAAGAAAAGUUUCACGUGAACUCGUCUCAGGAGCAUCGCUUCCGUGAGCUGGAGGGUCAGUACGCUGAGGCCACCACGCUGCUGCACGUCCAGGGCUCGCUCAUCUCUGACCUGCAGGCUCAGAUCCGUAACCUCUCCAUGCUGGUGGAGAAAGUUCGAAGGAACCCCGGGUGCAUGAUCAACAUCGUCCGUACCAGCCCUGUGCUCAGCUCCCAGCACACCCUGCACCCAGAGAUGCAGCGUGUCAGAAACUGCCCCAUCGACUGCGCCUCCAUCUACUACAACGGCGUGAGGAGGUCCGGCAUCUACACCGUGGUGCCAUCUUUAGGAGCCAUGCCUGUGGAGGUGUACUGCGACAUGGACACGGACGGCGGCGGCUGGACGGUGAUCCAGCGUCGGCAGGACGGCUCUGUGAAGUUCGACCGAGGCUGGAAGGAGUAUAAGGACGGUUUCGGAGACCUGCACACCGAGUACUGGCUCGGGAAUCAGCACAUCCACGCCCUGUCCACUCAGGGAGACUACACACUGCGUAUAGACAUGGAGGACUGGAGUGGAAAGCGCAAACACGCUCUUUAUCAAAGCUUCAGGAUCGAGGACGAGGCGGCCCAGUACAGGCUUCACGUCUCGGGCUUCAGCGGUACGGUCGAAGACUCCUUCAGCUGGUAUCACGAUAAGCAGGACUUCAGCACACCGGAUACAGGAAACAUCUGCGCUGAGAUCUCACACGCAGGCUGGUGGUACAACCAGUGUUUCUACGCCAACCUCAACGGCGUCUACCACAAGGGUGGACGCUACUCUCCGAAAGGGAAAAAUACUCUUGGACCUAACGGGAUCGUCUGGUUCACCUGGAAAGACUCAGACUAUUACUCCCUGCGUAAGGUGACCAUGAUGAUCCGACCACGCACCUUCCGACCUCACCUGUCUCCCUAGGGACCCUACGGCGGCUACAGCCAGCCGAUCGGAGCACGAGGGAGAUGACCCUGACGAUGGACAGGAUGGCGAUGCCACUUUGUUUUUUUAAAGGAGAGGAUCCUGUGGUACUUCUGAUCACGGAAGGUUUGGUUUUAGGCGUCAAAGAAAAAGCCGUUUCUAUUCCUGCAGCCUUCAAUUUCAACACUGUUAAGGAUCAUUAUUUUCUAGCUUGUAUAGAAAUGUUUAGAGAUAUCUAUACUUCUAUUUAAUCCCCCUUCUUCCGUCCGAGACGUUUCCGUCCACCGUGUCCCCCUCGCUCGCAUUCACAAAAAAAACAACACGCUGCUUCAUCCCUCCUCAUUAACACUCCGCUCACACGCCACCUCCUUCUCCUCGAGAGCUCAGGAAAUCAGCCACGUUUAAGAGAAAUACAAAUCAAAGUUUAUUAAAUCAUAUCAGAAUUACUUUUCUGGCUUUUUUUUUUAAAUGUCAUUCAGGGUGCAAAUAAGAUUUCAGACAUCGCUAUACAUAAAAAUGAUACACGAGGAACUGAAGCACAUGCAGCCAUUGGCGUAUAUAUAUAUAUAUUUUAUAAUGUGUGUGUAUGUGUGUGUGUAUAUAUAUAUACGCUCGUUUGAGGAGGAAGAGAAGUGCUCAAGGAAAAAAAAAAAGAAAAGAUUGCACAGAGAUGACUUUCUUUGGAGGAAGGAAAGAAAAAGAUGCUGCUGUAGAUUGUUGUGUAUGAUGUGGGAUAAAAUACAUGUGCAAAAAGGACCAGCCCUCCUUUAGAUGCUUAGAAACCAGACUCGUGUAUGUGUGUGUGCGCGAGAGAUUAUAAACAGGUUAUAACACAUUGCUUGCUGUAGUUUGGCACUGUGAAUGGAAAGUGCAUAGCGUAUGACGCAUGCUGAAGUUCCUCAGCGCAGAAAGGCACAGUGAAGAAGAUUAAACCUCGGAGACGCCAAAAGAAAAGAUGAAAUAGUGUGUAAGAUGCAGGUCCUCUCUCUUCUUUGCUUUCGUUUUGAAUCUCUAUACCGUGUGUCAUGAUAUUUUUUGUGCCACUGGGAUAUUUACUUGUGGGGGGGGGGGGUGUUUAAGUUUAAAACUCAAUACAAAAUUCAGUGUUCAUGAAGUCAAAUCUGGUCACGUUUCCUACACUGGGCCUUCAUAAGCAUAGGUGUAGAUUUUUACACAUUCUUCAUCAUCAUCAUCAUCAGUAGCCAAGUUAUUCUGAGAUAUUUGUUUAAUAUAUUUAUGGAAGGAGUCCCCGGUGUCUGCUUUGCGUCAGUCUCGGUGCGAAGCUACAACUUUUCUUCCAAUUAAAUGAAAGAAAUGUUUGUAGGUGUUACUAUAGCAACGUCGCUGACUCGUUUUUCCUCAGACGUUAGAGGUAACUAUAAUCAGAUUUUAAUUGUACAAAACAUAGUAAUUAAUCGCAUUUCCAAACUUGGAGGAUUACAACACCUCGGGACGUGCAGUUACUGGAAAAUAAAUCAACUUCAGGGUGGAAACAGGAUCUCUGAAGGUCAGGAGUUUCCUCCAACAUGGACAACAAAGGACACACCAGCCGUAAGAAGCUACUUAUAAAGUAAUCCACCGGUGAUAUUAUCCUUUCUAUUACAAAACAUCUCUCACUGAAUAUUUUUUCUUGGUAUAACGAAGCGCUUCAGUCGACUCGCUCAUUUCCUCUUUCUCUGAUUAGGAAGGAACAUAAUCUUUCUGGAAUUUCUCAUCCUCAACAGUCUAGAGGAGAGAUACGUAUAUAUACACAUCACUCAUCGCAGUGCUAACAAAAUCUGAGCCACUCUGGAGCAAAAAAAUUGACGACACAUUUCCCACUUCCAUGGAGCAAAAUCACCAUUCUUUAUCGUCGACAUAACUUAAAUAAGAAGCCCAGGCUACAUGGAUGUGCUGUUUGAGUAGAAGAAAAAGCUAUAAAAUUCACAGUAACACUCUUGACCUGUCUGAUUAUAGAGAUUAUUCCUACUUUAAACUUCAAAAAAAAUUAAAUAA